UGGGAGUAACACCACACGACUGCCACCAAAGCAGCAGCAGCAGCAGCAGGAUGGCUUUGUGUGCAGUGAUGCUGCAAAUUCUCAAAAGCAGAAGUGGCUGUGGAGCCUGGGGCAGGUUGCUGCAGAGACAGAGUAGCAGUGGUGUUUAUUCCAGCGUUCAUGCCUUUGACGAGGCAGAGAUCAGAGAGAAGCUCCAGGCUUUUCCUGGUGGCUCCAUCGAUCUGUUCAAACAGGACUCUGGCAUAGCUGUGCUGACUGUCAACAACCCAUCUCGCAUGAACGCCCUCUCAGGCGGUAUGAUGGUGGAUCUGGAGGAACGGGUGAGCGAGCUGGAGAACUGGACAGAUGGCAAAGGCCUCAUUCUCUGUGGUGCUGCUGAGACUUUCUGCUCUGGGUCAGACCUCAAUGCUGUAAGGGCGAUAUCAAACCCACAGGAUGGGAUGAAGAUGAGUAUGUUCAUGCAGAACACUCUUACGAGACUACUCAGGCUGCCUCUGAUCUCUGUUGCUUUGGUGGAGGGGAGGGCUCUCGGAGGAGGUGCAGAACUCACCACUGCCUGUGAUUUCAGGUUAAUGGCAUCCGACAGUGUGAUCCAGUUCGUCCAUAAACACAUGGGACUGGUCCCAGGCUGGGGAGGUGGUGCCCGACUUGUCCGCAUUGUUGGAAGUCAGAAUGCAUUAAAGCUCCUUGGUGGUGCUCUGAAGGUGGAUCCCAAACUUGGAUUACAGAUUGGACUGGCAGACGGAGUCGUGGAGGAUGCCCAGACAGUGGAGGCUCCAGGGAGUCAUUUAGAACAGGCUGAGAAGUGGCUUGGUACUUAUAUAAAAGGACCCGCGCCUGUGAUUCAGGCUGUGAAGAAGGUGGUGUUGUCAGGGAGAGAGCUCCCUCUGUCUGAGGCUCUCAAGACUGAGAUGGGAGUAUUUGGGACAGUGUGGGGGGGUCCGGCUAACCUGCAGGCCCUGGCCAGUAAGUCCAAACAUAAAUGACCGUUUUAAAGGUAUAUUGUGCCUGCUCAAGUGUAGGUGCUAAGACGCAGUGAUGCUUGAAAUGUUUGGCGUUUUUGGUCAGAUUUUAGUAGGCCCCCCCUCUUCCUUUGGGUGUUUCAGAAACUGGAUUCUGCAAUAAUGUUAAUCACAAAAAAUUACAGAACUUGACACGUGGUGGCAUACUUUUUCAUCAUUACUGUGUUGACUGAUGCAUGAGGAUAGUCCCCUCAGUAAUAUUAUAUUAAUGAGAAGAAGCUGUGAAUAUGCUGCAUCGUCCUGUGGCUAUAAUCUUUAGUGCUUUGUCCAUUGUUCUGGUAUGGAUGACAACAAUGAUCUAUAGUAAAGGAUAUUCCUUGUGUCAUGAAA